UCUAAAAAGUCUUCGUAUCUGGAAUCGAACACGUAGGCGCCCACUUUCCAGAGGCAAUGAAACUGUUAGUACAGAAAGGAGGGAUGUUUAGACAAGGAGGUCCACGGUCUCAUGGAAUCUGGAAACAAUCAGGAGAGGGAAGUUGAGUAAUGAUGGGGAAGUUGCUGUUCUGCAGCCAGGAAAGCCAUGCCUUGAGAGAACGCUGGAGGACGUGGACUUGUUCACAGCCGAUUGUUCAAAGGAGACAGUUGGUUACGGGACAGAAGUGCCUGCCCUGGAGCUAUGGUCCACGCCUUCCUCAUCCACAACUUGCGGGCUCCGCAGGCCCAGGACACGGGCCUUUGCCGAGUGCUCUACUCCUGCGUCUUUGGUGCCGAGAAUUCACCUGAUGACCCACGGCCACAUGGUGCUGAGAGGGACAGGCUCCUUCGAAAGGAGCAGAUUUUGGCUGUGGCCAGGCAGGUGGAAUCCAUGUGCCAGCUUCAGCAGCAGGCAUCUGGCCGGACCUCCGUGGACCUGCAGCUUCAGUCCUCAGAUGAGCCAGUGCCCCUGCAUGAGGCCCCACAUGGGGCCUUCCGCCUGGCAGCAGGGGACCCUUUCCAGGAGCCUCGGACAGUGGUGUGGCUGGGUGUACUCUCAUUAGGCUUCGCCCUGGUGCUGGAUGCCCAUGAGAACCUGCUGCUGGCUGAGAGCACACUCCGGCUGCUGGCACGCCUCCUUCUGGAUCACCUCCGGCUGCUUACCCCCAGCACCAACCUCUUGCUUAGGGCUGAUCGCAUCGAGGGCAUCCUUGCCCGCUUCCUGCCCCAUGGUCAACUGCUCUUCCUCAAUGACCAGUUUGUCCAGGGUCUGGAGAAGGAACUCAGUGCUUCCUGGCCCCGCUGACCCCUCACUGGGAUGGGGCUUCCUGAGGGGCAGGGAGGGAGGACAGGGAUGGAUGGACACAGAGCCAGGUGAAUCUUGGCAUUGGCCUCCUUCCCAGCCUGCUCCCAGCUCUGCUGUGCUACCACAUCCAGGACAAGUGGACAGAAAAGAGGAACAAGCUGGCAGAAAAGAGGGCUGGGCAAAGCGUGGUGGGGAGGAAUCCCAGAACAUCGUGUGCCUGGAGCUGCCAUGUGACUCAUUUAGACUGCAUAGUGGACCAGUCUCACCUGUCCUUGACCCCAGUUUCUCCCAUCCCCGGCAGCCAGCCCCCAAAACAGUCCACCAGUUGCUAGUGUUGGAGCAUGAGGAGUGGAACUCAGCCCACUUUCUCCUUCCAAACCCACAGUCCUCACAGUGCAAAAGGAACCUGAGACUCCCAGGGUGGGGGAGCUGGUUGCUGUAUUUGCACCCACUUAGGCAACAUUAUCAACAAGGAUUUUGUCAGUGAGGACCUGCUCAGUGUCCAGCCCCACCACAGUUCACAAAUGUGUCUGUCGUUCAUUCAGCAGGGGGAUUCUGUAGCUCUCUUUGGGCCCAUGCCUUGCCCACCAGGCAACUUCAAGAUAAUGCUAGGUUUCCUUUGUCUUCAGGGAGAGAAGAUACCAUCAGAUGGGUGCAAGAAGUCUAGCCAGGAUGAAGUUGUCUUUCUUGUUUUGAAUUAAAAGCACUGAUUGUGUGA